AUGGCCUCAGAGGCCGAUGUCCUCGAUCUAUCUGUGGAGAAAGAUAGGUGUUGGCUAGGGUCAGCGAAGGUUGAUUUGGCACACCUAAAGUUUGGCGGAGAACAAGCGGGGGUCGUAGCUCGACAUGUCAGCCAGUCCAAUGUGAAAUGGUUGAUGGACAAGUUUGAGACAGACCGGUGUCGCCGGCUGGAGCCUCAGCAUUGGAUACCUGUCGCCAUUGAUCAGGCUGGUUUUGAGCAAAUCCUGAGUUACAAUUCGAUGACGAAUCUUACAGCGGCAGCCGAAUGGCUUGACCCCAAUGAUCAGUGGUGGGUUGUCAAGUUCUAUGAAAUCAAUGGCCUGUCUCCUGAGGCCUUCAGAAGCCUUCAGGAGUAUCGAGAUGCCUCUCAAGAGUUGUCUAGUGGAGAGAUCUGCUGGAAUGUAAUGUACCAUCAGCAGCAGGGGGAUGAAACAAAGGUUGGGGAAUGGUUGGCAAGAUGGGCAGGGCAUCCGACCUAUUACCGGAAUUUCAACCAGCUUCAGAAAGGGAGCCGGAAGGCUUAUCUAAUCCGUGAUGCAUUAAGCAAGCUGCAUCAAUUUCCUGGGCUCUGGCGAUCCUGGAAUAUGGGCAGUCUGAACCUUCUCUUGCCAAUGAGGUGCCCCGAGGAGCUCUCAAACGGCCUAAGUCACAUCUGGAAUGUGUGGAAUCGGAUCAUGGGCGAUAGGCCUGACCUUUUGGAUGCUGAUUCUGUGGACAGUCUCGAGGGCCGUUGCCCCUACUUGUCAAAGGAUGAUCGUGAGUAUAUUGAUGAGCUCUUUGGGGAUGGGGCGGUGUUUCCUCAUUUCGACAAAGCGGAAGAACGAGAGUUGCUUCAUCGGCGAUUGAUGGAGACUCAAACCAUCAUCCCUUCCUUCCGAACAUUUAUCAAGGAUGCCAAACAGUUGGACCCGAUAGUGAAGCUUUUAAGGAGGUUUCAACCUCCAAAAUACAAAGGCACUGUCCAGGAGGGGAUGAAGCGAUGUUAUAAACAACCAGCUCAUGAUUUCUAUGUCCAGAUAUCUGAGGUCGCACACCGCCGAGAACGGAAUGUGGAAUGCUAUGGCUUCUGGUCGGCAUAUCGCCAAAUGGUUCUCGCGGCGAUGCGGCACUUCGUCGGGCUAGUUCCAGGAUCUCUGCCGCUUAAAAUGCAUAAGGUCCCACCUUCUCAACUCCAGGGAAAUCCCCUGGUUCUGUGGAAUCAAUUCAAAAACCUUUCUUCAUCAGUUGGCUUCAUCCUAAGGUCGGGGCCUUUCGUUAGAGACAAUGGUUGCCCCCCACAGGAUGGAAACAACGAUGCCCUAGAUACUGAUGCCUCUCAUCCGCGUCUCACAUGCAAUGGGCUGAGGAAAUGGUCAAUCGGUAGCCAUUGUGGGAUGACAGAUGGCCCCUCAUAUUACUCAGACAGGAAAUAUCUCUACCUUGAUAACAUCUACUCGCACCCAGGAGAUGUGCCUCGGUCGCAAAUGACAUCCUUCGCAGUCAAGCGGAACUUCAUGCUUGUAUACUUCCCGCAAUUUGAACCGCGAGAUGCCUGCCCUAAUGUGGAACAACAUCGUACCAUAGUUGAUACUGAUAUGCACAAUACUGCAUCAGAAGUUGGACACAAGUAUGGGGUCAUUUUCGACACGGAGACGUCCGAAAUCACAUGUGUUCUUGAUGUUGACUCUCUCCUGAACCCCCCUUGGCUAAAGAGUGAUAUCUGGUGCGCGCCCCCUCUCCAUGAGGGCCACCUUACCAUUGUUCCUCCGACAGUCGUUCCAUCAGACCUUCGGAGAGCGAAAUUAAUUUUUAUAGGAAGCACAUCGCGUCAAGGCUUUCAACAAAAACUUUUAUUUCCUGAUUAUAUCUCGACGAGGAUUCAAGAAGCUACAAUGUUUCCGGACCUCAAAAUGGGAACAAGGCAAUGGGUGCUAAUAUCGUAUGGAGAGUUGGUACAACUUUGA